CGCUCGCGCUGCGGCCGUUUCCGGGCCUGGCUCCGGCUGACAGACAGGAGCAAAAUGCCGAGGAAAAGGCGGAAUCCCGCCGCAUCUAGUCCGGCUCGACCGUCUGGAAUGGGGCCUCCGCCCAGGAUCAGCACUUCGGUGCCGGCUCCGGCCACAGUCAAUCGCGUCCAGGCUCCAGUUCCUAGUCGGGCCUCCGGCUCCAGUUCGGUCGUUGCGUCUUCUGCUUCCGUGGACUCUGCCGGGGUGAACAAGGAGGAGUUGCUAGACAGGAUGACUGAGAUGUUCUCUCACCUGGACCCUACCGUGGUAUAUGUUGUGCUGUCCGAAUGUGACUUUAAAGCUGAUGAUGCAAUGGACUCUUUGUUGGUACUGUCUGACGCAGCUGAAGGUGUCGCCUCUUCCAGCUUCACGGGAUUUGAUCAUGUGGCAGCUGCCCUGAGUGAUGGUCAAGUUAAUAGUGCGAACAAAGUAGUAAUGAAAGACCAUGGAAAUAAUUCAAUUGUUGUUUCUGAAAGCAUUAGAACAUCUGGAUUUCACUUAACUCAACAAUUGGACACUUUCGCUGUAAAUGAAUUGGAGAAGUAUAGCACAAAUGCAAAUUAUGAAACUGGCCCAGAACAAUGCAUAACUUAUCAGCAGUACCAGCCAUUUAUGAACCAAUAUAAUUCUCCCAUCAAUCAGUUUUCUAGACUCUGUGUUAGUGACAAGUUGCCUCAGCUACUUCAGUCAAAUUUGAACUCUUUCAGUUGUAUGUCAAAUCAACAGCAAACAGUAGCAGAUGAUGGGAUGUGUCUCAGAUACUCACAGUUUGCCUUGGAUUCAAAAGACUGUGAAGAAAAUUUGAGCCAAUGUUUUGAUUCUGAAGACAACAUCUUUGAGAACAAAUCAGAAGUUCAGUUAGAUUAUAGCAUGUUUGCUUCAGAAGCUGUUGAAAGGCCCAGCAGCAACAAGUCCUCCAUUGAGCCUGGAGUUGCUUUUCCAAGCAGUAUAAGCACAAGUAAUGCAGAUAUUUGGACAAAUCAAAGUGCAAGUAACAGUCUGUCAGCAGCCAUUUCUAUGAACAUUGGCACAAACAAGUAUGGUGGUUCAGAGCAUUCUAGUCGGAAGUAUGACCUACAUUCAGAUACAGUGGACCAGCAAGCUGGAUUAUUGCAAAGUAGUGAUAUUUCUGCUGAAGUAGUAGGAAAAUGUUCUGGAAGAGGUGGAAAAGAAAUAUCAUGGUUUAAACCAAAUAGAAAUCCAUCUGUAGAAAACUGUGAAUUAUUUGAAGAGCGUCAAGAAUAUAAAGGAACAGAUGAAUUAAAGCCAAAAAGCAGCACUCUCCCAACAAAACCAUUAGCAAAUGAAGGGAGUAAUUCAAACAAUAUGCAACAAAACACAACCUGUUUUCCUUACUGGUUUGAUGUAGGGCAAGCUACUAGUGGUGAAAAACUCCCUAAGUUAAUGAACAGUGGGGAAGUAAACUAUCCUCAAUAUUCCAACAGUGUGCUCUUUACAAAUAUACCUCCAAUCUCGUGGAAUCUAUGGGCUCCUGAAUUCCAGCCUAUGAGUGUGCCAAAGACUUUUGUCACCCCUAUAGCAGUGAGUCCUGUAAAACCAAAGCCUCAUGUUGUUUCACCAUGCAGACCUGUAGGAGCUGUGUCUAGUCCUGAUCCACAUCAUCAGACAAGGAGGCUGGGUUUCAACAACUUGCAUCCAAAACCAUGGUUAAAUCAACAUGGCAUUCAGCAGUCACAGACUUGCGAGUAUUCAUUUCCACAGCAUAUGAAUAGGAAGACACUGGGAACAGCGAAAGUGCUUAUUUUAAUGAGGGGACUACCUGGAUCUGGGAAAAGUACCCUAGCCAGAAUGCUUGUUCAACAGGGGCCUAAUGGAAUGAUUUUCAGCACAGAUGAAUAUUUUUCUCGAAGUGGGCACUACCAGUUUGAUCCUAGUUUGAUUGGAGAGGCUCAUGAGUGGAACCAAAAAAGAGCCAAAGAGGCCAUGGAGGAAGGCUAUUCCCCAGUUAUAAUAGAUAACACAAAUACACAGGCUUGGGAGAUGAAGCCUUACAUUGUUUUGGCUUUGAAACACAGCUAUAAUGUUGUAUUUCGUGAACCAGAUACCUGGUGGAAGUUUAAGCCAUGGGAGCUUGAAAGACGUAAUAUUCAUGGCGUGUCAAAGGAGAAAAUUAAAGUAAUUUUAGAGCAUUAUGAGCGUCAUGUUACAGUCAGCACUAUAAUGCGGUCGUCGGAACCUAAAUUCCCUGAAACAAAAGCUGUAGAACUGUAUCCUGCUGAGUGUGCAGAAAUUGGAGCAAUGAAUGCAGACAUGCAUCAUGUGACUGUGGCAGCAGGACCAUCAGCUUCUUCAGAUGGCCAAGGUUUACCUUGCUCCCUGAUGCCUCCAAGUACAGAAGACCCUUCAAUUAUUAAAACAAACAUAGUAUUCCCUGAUAACUUGGAGCAAUGCUUCAGACCACCUUCAGAUUUCUCCAGUGAAAGCAGAAAAUGUGGAACUGGACAUAAAACUGGCAAUAAUGCUAUACUUUCAAAAUUGCUAAAUGGAGAAAAUGUACAAAAAAUAGAUCAGACUGUUGACUGUGAGUCAAAUGCCAGUAAUUAUAAUUCAGCAUCUCACUCCGAAAUUGAAGAUGAGACAAGGAAAGUAAUCAGUAUGAGAACUAUUGAAUCUGAGGUUGAAGCAACAGAAAAUGAUUUAAUGCUAUGUGAUGAUUUACCAACUGCAUUUAGUACAUCUAUUGGUCAGAGAAUUAGGAGAGGAAAACGGCAAGGUGCCAAUAUUACAAAUAAUGCUUUAGAAAAAGAAGAAACUCCAAAACUAACAGUUGAAGACGACCAAUCUGGAGAAAACAUUUUGAUCACAAAAGACCUGCAAACUGUAGAACAAUCUAAUCAGAAUGUUGAACCAGAAUUCUUGAAUUUUGUUGGAGAUUGGCCAGUAGCAGAAACAUUGAAACCUCAAGAUCAGAGGAAAAGGAGAACCAGAAAAACAUCAGAACAAAGCAUCAAAAAUAAGGAUAAUCUAAAUCAAUCCAAUAUCUUGGAACCUGCCAUUCCAAGUGAUUCAUUAAUAGAAGCUGCUGGCUAUUCUGUUGAACGGGAUAAUGUAGAAAUGUCUCAAGAAACAAACAGCUCUGAAGCUUCUAAGGAUAGUUUUGCUGAUCUUUAUGUACCAUCUUCAACAGCUAAAAACUCUAUUUCAGAAAGAAAUUCUGGAAACUGUGAGGAACUUAAAAGUCUAGAAACUUUUGAAGAGCAAAGUUCAGAAACAUUAUCUGAAAAACCCAUAAAUAAAAAAUCUUGGCAGAACAGGAGAGUAGGAAAAUCCUGCAAACUGGCACUAACAUUCAAUGGUAGCAGCCCAAUCUCUGCAGAACUUCUGGAACCUGUCCCCUUGACCACUGAUCAGAUAGAAAACUCUAUUAUAAUUCCAGACAAUUCAGGACAGGAUAACUCAACGCAAACAGCACCUGAAGAUUUUGCUCUACUAUGGAAAAUCGAGAAUCAAAAAGCUAGUUUUACUGAGUUUAAAAUAUUGACAGGAACUAUAGAUGGAUUUAAACUAACGGAUGCAUUACCAAAAUCUGUAAUCUUUAAGGAACCAGUGCCCGAUAGACUUGUGCAUGAUAAAAGCACAUUUGUAGAUGAAAAUGCCUUUGUUAAUAAAGAGGAGAAUUUGCAGAGACUCAGUGAUUGUUUUAAAUCUGUUCCUUUUGAAGAUCUGAGCGAUUUAUAUGAAAAAUGUAACAAAGAUGUAGAAUGGGCAACCAAUUUACUGCUUGACUCUGGCGUGAAGUUUUCAGAUGAAGAUCCAGUGCACCAACCAUCAGUUGCAUGUAAUAAACCUGUAACUAGCAGUACUGCACAAGUGAGCCAAACACCACAAAUGGAGAAAGUAGACUUAGGCGAACAGUCACAAAAUGACAGAUCUACAUCUGUAGAAAACCAACUGUCUAGUGCCAUUAAAGCUACAACAGAGAUAAAUAGUCAGUCAUCUGCGAGGAAAAUGGAGGAUGAAAUGGAACAUCUAGUGUCUUACCUUGAACGUGGGGACAUAAACCCAUCACCUGACAUUGCUAUAGAGCCCGUAAUUAUGGCUGAAGAGAUGACAGAUACAAGUGAUGCAAGUCCAGCAUGUGACAUUGAUUGUGAACAGUUUACUAAUUCAAGUAAGGAUUUUGAUGUAGGAAGAGAAUGCAAUGAUUCAAUGCCUAUAAACAAUUUGUUAAAUAAUAAUGCAACGUGCAUAGAAGGUGACAUAUCUGAUGCUUCAAAUGUCAAGAUAUUAAAAAAAACAAACGUAGAUUUGUCUGAAUAUACGGACAUAAAUGAGACCACUUUAAUAUCGAAGCCAGAACUUAAUUCCUUUACAGAAAAUGUAAAUGAGAAUCAGUCUAGCUGCAACACAGUAAAAAUUUCAGCACAAAAGGAAAAUGAAAAUGAAGUGAAGACCAGGCAUGGUGAAAGUACAGACCAAGAUGGUUUAGGAUUUUACUCUGACCCAAUGCAGAUUCAAACUUUGGAAUUGUACUUGCCACCAGAACUGGCAAUUCAACUUAUUGACCUGUUUGGAUCAGUCGGCCUUGAUCCAGAUUAUUUGACUCCAGAGGAAUGUGUUGUCCAGAUGGAUCCACAUUUGGCAAAAAGUAUUCAUCAGAAGUGGAAGGAAACCAUAUUGGAACGGAAAAAACAAGAAUCUCUGUCAUACCAGCUCCUUUUGGAAGGUGGCAAUUUAUCUGAGAAUUUAAGGUGGGAGCUUGAGCAUGACGUGAAGGAGGAAGAGGAGGAUGUUUCUAGUUUGAAAUGUGAUGAGAAAAAGCCAAAGAAAAAGGAUGGUAUGAAACCUGUCCCUUUAUCUGCUACGUUGACUGCCAAGACACAUGUGGUGGAAGACUUUCCGUUUAUGGACCAUUGGAACGCUCGGGUUCCUAGCGUGUCAUUAAGGGAUAUCAUGUCUGAGGAGGUGGAGUUUCAGACGAAACAAAACCAGUCCAUUAUGAGAUCUCUCUUUUCGAAAAAAGACUGUGCAACUAAGUUGAAGGAAAAAUGCCUCCUGGAGAUGUUUCCGGGUAUUGAUAAGCACUUUAUCAUGGAUAUGUAUAAAGACAACAACUAUUCCUUUGAGCAGACAGAACAGUUUUUGAAGUCUGUAUUUGAUUGUGAUCUAGAGUCAACAAAAACCAUUAAAGUUCAUGAAAGCGUCUGCCAAAAUGAACCGGUUGUGGGCAGAAAUAAGGAGAAGGUCAUGAUGAACAAGGACUUUAAGGAGUUAGGCAGCGAGCAUGUGUUCCAGGAUGCAGAGUUCCCAGAUUAUGAAGACUUUCGGGCCGAAGCAGUUCUGCAUCGUCGCAAGCAGCAGGAGUGCUUCAGUAAGGCAGCAGAAGCUCAUCGAAGGGACAUGAAACCAGUGGCCACAUUUUAUGCACAGCAGGGUCACCUUCAUGGAGAAAAGAUGAAGGAAGCCAACUACAGAGCUGCUGCAAAAAUUUUGAAGCGAGUGAAUGUGUCAUUGCUUCCACAAAAUGUUUUAGACCUGCAUGGCCUUCAUGUGGAAGAAGCCCAAUACCAUCUGGAAAAAGUGCUAUUUGAGAAGAUCAAUGAAUACCAGCGAAAAGGUGGUAAACCUUACCUGUCUGUCAUAACUGGGAGGGGAAGCCACAGCCAAGGGGGAGUAGCACGUAUCAAACCAGCUGUCAUUGACUACCUCAAAAGCCACAACUUCAGGUUCACGGAGCCACAGCAAGGUGUUGUGAAAAUUAAGUUGAAUUGAAGGAUGAUUUGACGAGAAAAUUCCUUCCUAAUUCUGAGUAUGCAACUAUCUCAUGUGGGUUUACAAAGUUACUGCACAAUAUCAAACAUUUAAGUGUGCGGUGCUUUUUUUAAAUGGCAACACUCAGGGAUAUCGAGCAGAUUGAAUACAGUGACACUUUUAUCCUGGUAUACUUAAGAGUGCCUAUUUGACUCCUGUCACUGUUGUUCUGAUAAAUGUACUCUUCGUAUUAGAUUCAACCUUUUUAAAAUUUGUUUUGUAUAAUUGUCCUGAGUCUUUAAUUUAUAUUUGUAGUGUUUUGAAAUAUCAGAACAGAGGUUAGGAACUGUCCAUUCUGAAACGUCUUGAAGUUGCUGAAAUUUGAGCAAUUUGCUGUUUCAUUAUUGUUCUAACAUGCAUUUCAGUUGAAAAAGAUUAUUUUUCCAACUGCAAAAUGUUUAUCUUGUGCUGAUAUAAAGUAAAACUUGAGAGGAUCUAGACCUUUAAGUGAGAUUGUGGGUAAAUUAAGGUUUUUUUUAAAAGAAAUUAAAACUAAAUUUUAACUUUUGUAGCCUUUUUGCACAAAAUUGAGUUUGCAAAUGUGACACCCAAGUUUUAACUAAUAAAGUUCUUCAUUCUGCUUGA